AGCUCCUCAGGUGAAAAACUGAAGAGCAGAAAGGCUUUUAAUAGCUUGAAUGCAGGACUCCUGCUUGCAACAGUAUUUUAUACUGUGAUAUUACUUAAACAGUGUGAGUACUACUACGUGUGUGAGAAAGAGAAAGUGACAGACUGCUGGUGAGUUGCUGAAUGCUGUUAGUAAAAGAAGAACCAUUUAAUCAUGACCAAGUGAAAAGCAAUGUCUCCAUUGCAUUUUAAGUAAAACAUCACACACUCGACACAUCCUGGUUUGUACAACAAAAUGUUUGGAAUCCUUAUUGAAACUUGUUUUGUUCCAACUCUCAGACCGAGGCAUUGGUUUGUCUCAGAAAUCUAGUUUGGCUUUGUACCAAAUUUCAUUUCAGGUCAUCCAGAAGUUGGAGAUGUUGUAAAAUCGAGUUGCUGUGUGACUAAAAAAAGUUGAGCACGAAAUACUUCCCUAAAGUGACAAACUGAUGUUGAAAUCCCACUGGGCGUGCAUGCCUUUAAAUGUUUAGAUUGUUCACCAGCGCCGUGCAUCAGGUUCACUUUCAUGGGAGACUGUGGGGAAAAAAAACACAUCAUUUCUGAGGAAAUCUAAAGUUGAACAUGCUCUUGAGCAAUUUCCUGACAGGGCCUGAGCUCAGCCCCCUGCAGGCCGAGGCCUUCCUCCUCCAUUGCUUUAACACACCUCAGAUAUAAACAGCAUGUUCUGACAGUCUUUAGUUAAUUAUUGUGUAGAAAAUGGAUGUUUACAUGAACUGAUAAAAAAAAACUCGUUUUUCCUAGUUAACAUGGACAUUUCUUGUCCAAACCUGCACCUGGUGACCUGCACAAUGAUGAGUGUCCUCUGUGCGUUUGCUCAUGUGACGGUGAGGAGCUCUGAUCUCAAGCUGUGUAAACCGGAUAACAAAAUGUGUGUCACUAAACUUGAAGACUGUGACCCCCGACCUCCUUCAGCUGUACAGAAGAUGUUGAACAUGUCCUGUCACUACCAGAUAUCACUCAAAUCUGUGACUUGUGCGUGGAGUGGGGAGUCAAACAGCCACACUGAGUCCGUCAUCUCACUCAUCUUCAGCAGUAGGAAUGAUAUCAUCUUCUGUGGGGGAAUCUUCAACCCAUCAGUUGUCCUCAACAUAACAGCCAAGAUCAGAAACUACAUGGUGGGGAAUGAGAUCUGGUCCCAGCCUCACACAGUGCAUCUCUAUGAUGCAGUCAAACCCUCUCGGCCUGUCCUGACUCUAAAUGGCUUCACUGAGGACUCUGUGGUUGUGUCUUGGAACAUCAGCAGUGAUGGCACCUGUCGACUUCGCUACAGACUCAACAGCACUCAGACGUGGUCUCAGGCUCCAGAUUCUGUUGCUGUACAUGCAGAUCAGAUGCUGAGGUACACGUUCAAAAACCUCCUGCCAUUUAGCAUCUACAGAGUUGCUGUGGCCUGCAGGGAGGAGUCGGGCUUCUGGAGUGACUGGAGCUCUGACGUCACAGCCAGGACGCUGGACAGAGUGCCGUCCGAGGCUCCAAAGGUGUGUUACAGAGUGGAGAAAACAGACUCUGGUGGACCAGUUCUCCUUCAUCUUAUGUGGAAGGCUCCUGACCUCCAUGGUACUGGAGGUCGUAUCCUUGGAUACCAGGUGAGCUACAAGCCAGUGAAGAACCAGCAGCCACAGGACACAUCGAUUCAAAACAUCACAGAGGUGAUGGCGCCCCUAGUGGUGGAGGAGGGGAACUGGAGCGUCACAGUGACGGGCUUCAACACGGCCGGGUACGGACCUCCUGCACAUCUCAACGUCGACACACAAAGACACAGCCCUCUCCCCUCAGUUAGAAACCUGUGGGUUUCCAGUUCUUUCCCAUCCAUCAGUGGCCUUCAGGUGCAGUGGGAGAGCUCUGCGGCCCCGCCUCCUGCCCCGCCCAUAAGUCACUUUGAUGUCCAGUGGCGAUCUGAGAUGGAUCCAUCCAACAGCCGAUGGGCCACAGUGGACAGCCUCAGUGCCUCCACUGUCAUACCAGACGUGGACCCUGAUGAGUCCUACCUGAUCAGCGUGUUCCCCGUUUACGAGCAGCAGUGUGGGCCUCCUCAGUCGCUGCCUGCCGGUCUGCAGCAGGGAGCUCUGAUGGAAGUGGUCAACCUGAAGGUGGUUGGUGUGACCAAAACUACGGUGACGGUGGAGUGGGCGUGGCAGAGGAAGUCAGGACCAAUCAGAGUGAACAGAUACAGCAUGAUGUUGAGGACAGACUCAGAGAGAAGGACACUGCCUUUGUGGCCAGACCAGCAGCGGCACACCUUCCCCGACCUGAAGCCCAGCACAGAGUACUCUCUGGUCCUGCUGGCUGAUAACAUUUCCAGAAGCAUCACCUCAGUCAGAACAGAUUUUGAUGAGUUCCUGGCGGUGGCCACGGCGACACCUCUCUUGCUGCUGUCUGUCACUGUGCUGAUCAUCUCCAUCCUGUCCAGGACUGUGUACAAGUGGUACUUCUUCCCGCCCAUCUCCAGCCCUAAGGGCAGCACCACAGGCCAGUGGCUGAUGGACCCAAACCACCAGAAAUCUGCAGAGAGAAACAUCCUGGAAAUCAAAGACUUCCUGGAGACAGAUAUACUGGGAGAGAAAAGUGCCAUCGUGGUCAGACCCAGCAGUGGGCUUCCAUCAGAAGAGAGCCUAAAUGAAGACACCUCUCUGCUGCCGCUCGCUCACCUCAUCAUCAGACUGUCAUCAGUCAAACUGGACACGGAGUAUGUUUCUGACACUCUGCAGGUGCAGCUCAGUCAUCCUGACAGAGCGGUCCAGCCUGAGGAGAGCCUGCUGCACCGUCAGGCACAUGGAGCCAGCAGCUGGUUUCCUCGGCAAGAGGAGGAGGAGAACGGGCAGCUCGGCCUUUCUCAGACGUCAUAUCAGGAACAGAUUAAUGCUGUAAAAUGUGAUUUUCAUCAGUUUGUUGCUAAUGCAGACGCUCACUGUGCUUAUCAGAUGUCCUGUGAGGCAGAGUAUGUAGCAAACGCUUCCUGUGUGGUGAAAACCGAUGUUGAAACAGUGAGUGCCCAAACCGGCUGCUCCUAUCUGAUCUGUGAGACUGAGUAUUUGGCAAACAGCUGCUUCACUGCAGAGAGCGCCAGCAGCGCCGGUGAUGCAUGCUAAGUGGAAAUACAAGACCCAAAAGCUGAAGCUCAGCUAGUGAGCCUUCUGGCUAUAACAUCCAUCACACGGCAGAAAACCCGGCCAGUUUGUCCUGUUGGUGGCGCCUCUCUGAAGAAGUUUAUUCAUUCUGCUCAUGUCUGUUUGCCUGGUUUGACUUUAUAUGGAGUGAUGCCACCUCUCACACUGUUUGUGUUCAUCCUGGCACACUGUCAGCCUCAGCUGUACUCGGGCUCAGCUUUGCUCCGAGGUCUGUACUCACAUUAGGAUGCUAACAUGCUUUCAGCUCGCCUGUUGAGAUGCAUGUACACCUCUAGUGUUAACAUGAUGCUAG